UCGCUUUAUCGUCAAGACGGAAAUGGCGCGUCGCUCGACCUUGAGAACAUCUGAAGACACUCAAGAGGGACUCUGUUCGGAAGUCGACGUCGGCUGAUAAGAGCCGACAAUCAGAAAAAGUCAGAAGAGGUGCGACAGUGAUAGAGAAAGAGAGAGAAAGAGAGAGAGAGAGAGAGAGAGAGAGAGAGCUCAAGGAGAGCUUAACGACGCGCGGGAGCUUUCAGCCGCAAUUUUCCCCGUGACCGACAGCCGUGGUGGAUAUGUCUGAAUGGGUGGUGUUUGCUCGUGCCGCGUUGGUCGCGGCAGCCAGGUCAACGCUGGCUCAAUUCUCGACCGCGUGAUCAGCCAGGCAAGUAACGAGGAUCAGUGUCUGCUCUACAGACUGGCUAACUACAAGAAGGGUGGCGAGCUGAUCGAGGCGUACAACCAAGGCGGUCAGCCCGAGGUGGAGAAGCUGGUGCGCGAGCAGUUCGGCGUCCUGAUGUACGCGGACGGCAAGGGUCAGGUGAUCAAUCGCGCCGAGUAUCUGCGCUGGAAGUUUCGCGAUCUCGAGCAAGUCGUGCUGCCGAUCGAGGCCUCGCUGUCGCGCUUCGAUCCGCUCGCGAAGUGGCACGAUCACGAGGCCUGCUGGCAGAUGCAGUACCGGGGCUCGCUGGGCGAGACCCUGCUGCACGUACUCAUCAUAUGCGACACGCGGAUGCACACCAGAAUCGCGCGUAUCCUUCUCAAGUGCUUCCCGCGGUUGGCGAUCGACGUGGUCGAGGGCGAGGAGUACCUCGGCGCGAGCGCUCUCCAUCUCGCGAUCGCUUACGACAACAACGAGCUUGUGCAGGACCUGGUCGACGCGGGAGCGAUCAUGUCGCAGCGGGCGACCGGCAGCUUCUUUUUGCCGCGCGAUCAGCAGCGUAUGAAUCCCGCGAGGAACACCGAUUACGAGGGACUCGCGUAUCUAGGCGAGUAUCCGCUCGCCUGGGCGGCCUGCUGCGCCAACGAGAGCGUCUACAACCUCCUGCUCGACAUCGGCGCGGAUCCCAACGAGCAGGACUCGUUUGGGAAUAUGAUUCUGCACAUGGUUGUGGUUGGCGAUAAAUUGGACAUGUUCGGCUACGCUCUGCGACAUCCGAAACUACCCGCUCGCAAUGGAAUUGUGAACGCCGCGGGUCUGACCCCGCUAACACUCGCCUGCCAGCUGGGGCGUGCCGAGGUCUUCCGUGAGAUGCUGGAGCUGUCCGCGCGGGAGUUCUGGCGUUACAGUAAUAUCACCUGCUCGGCGUACCCUCUCAAUGCUCUCGACACGCUGCUACCGGACGGCAGAACAAACUGGAACUCCGCGCUAUUUAUCAUUCUGAACGGUACGAAGGAGGAGCACUUGGACAUGCUGGACGGUGGUAUUAUUCAGCGAUUACUUGAGGAAAAAUGGAAGACCUUCGCGCAAGCGCAGUUCAGGAACCGACUGAUUAUCCUGGUGCUCCAUCUGGUCUGCCUGUCCCUGGCCGUGUACAGCAGACCCGCGGACAUGGACCCCUUGCCGCUGCGGAUGCCCACGGAGAUAACGGACAUCGUCCGUACCUCCGCCGAGGUCUUCACCAUGAUAGGCGUGCUGUUCUACAUUCUGCUGCAGUUGGGCGGGGAGAUGAUCAACGUGGGUCCGCUGUCGUUUCUGAAGCAACUGAGCCACGAACCGGCCAAGUUGAUAUUCGUGAUCAGCAAUCUGCUCAUUCUCGCGUGCAUUCCAUGUCGUAUCGCCGGCAAUCGGCACGCGGAGGAUGCGAUACUGGUGUUCGCCGUGCCGGGCUCGUGGUUUCUUCUCAUGUUUUUCGCCGGAGCUAUUCGGCUGACCGGGCCGUUCGUGACGAUGAUAUACAGCAUGAUAACGGGCGAUAUGCUGACCUUUGGUAUCAUCUACACGGUCAUGCUCUUUGGAUUCUCGCAAUCGUUUUACGUUCUCUAUAAAGGAUUUCCAGGCGUAAAAUCAUCGCUCUAUCAUUCCUAUCCUUCGACCUGGAUGGCGCUGUUUCAGAUAACCCUUGGCGAUUAUAACUACGCCGAUCUGAGUUACACGACUUAUCCGAACCUGAGCAAGGCCGUCUUUGCGAUUUUUAUGGUGCUCGUGCCGAUACUGCUCCUCAACAUGUUAAUCGCGAUGAUGGGUAAUACGUACGCGCACGUUAUCGAGCAGAGCGAGAAGGAAUUCGUCAAGCAGUGGGCGAAAAUCGUGGUGUCUCUGGAACGCGCGGUGUCUCAGGAAAAAGCUCAUACGUAUCUUCAGGAGUACAGUAUCAAGCUGGGACCCGGCGACGAUCCGAACAACCCCGCGUCGGAGCAGAGAGGCGUGUUGAUCAUCAAAAGCAAAUCGAAAACCAGAGCGAAACAGCGCAAGGGCGCCUUAGCUAAUUGGAAGCGAGUCGGAAAAGUCACGAUAAACGAGCUGAGAAAACGAGGUAUGACUGGUGAGGAACUGCGACGUAUAAUGUGGGGUCGCGCGUCCUUUUCUACUCCUGUGCGAGCCAGUCCCAAUGCCGGGCAGCCGCAAGUGUCGGCAGUUACUGCAGGUUUUGGUGAUGCGCUAACCGCAGCUUUGGACGUAAUGGCCUUUGCACAUGACUUCGACUUAUCCACCGCGACGGAGGGUAUACCCACCAAUAUCGACGCGAAGCAGACGAAAACGACGGCGCAGCCGAACAAAGCCGCCGCCCCGAGUGACCAACAACAGACGAAGACGACGGCCCAGAAUAAUCCGGGAACGGCGAUGAGUGCUCAACCGUAUAAACAACCCAUCGGGGAACCGAGUAGAUUGUCGGGUCUCACGGAGUUAAUCGACAUCUCCAACGAUCCGGUUAAGAACGUUGAAGCGACGAACACGAAGAAUACAAAUCAUACGAAUGCGCUCGAAGCUGUCGAAGAAGCUGUCGAAGAUCCAUUUCUGGAACUCGCUAUCGCUUCCGAGACCACGACAGAUUACGAAACUCUAUUGCGAAUAGCAAAGUCCGCUCUGGCCACGAGCGAAGCUUCGAUGAAAACCACGGUCGACCCACAAAUUCUGGCACACCUCGGCAUGAUCGCCCCGCCGACCGCUGAGAAAUCCAUUGUCAUUAAGAAGCAAUACUUCGUGGAAUCCAGCGACAAUGAUCUUGGCGGUGACAAUUUGCUCGGCACCGAGGCUCGUCUGCGAAGAAUAAAAUCAGCGAAUAACAGAUUCAUCACGUCGAAACGGUCGCGCCGCGAUAACGACGACGACAGUUCCUCGUCCGCCACGUCCGUCGAGCGUAGCCAGCAGCGCUAUCGACCGCUGCUGAAUGAUCCGGAAGAGAAACUGACGAACCACAUCGAAGGACGAAAGGCUUCCGUCGAAACGAUCAAGUCGGAGAUCAAGCAGAACGGCGGCGUUCCCGCGAAACUGUCGGACAAGUUCCAAAAACGUCGGCCAAAAACGGCCAAGAACAGGGUAUCGCCUAAGGAAAUGGACGAGCCGCAGGCGAGGAGAAGGGAAUCGAUUGAGCGAAGCAGAGCGACCUGUUCGCCGCCGACGUCGCCCUCGGAUCCGCUCGAGCCGUGGAGCACGCGUGGUAUCACCGACAUGAACACGUUAUUGGCCUGGCAGGAGAACGCACCGGACAGUCCUUAAUAUGACUUUAUGACAUUUUGCGAUGCGCCUCUGGAUCCCUGCGGGAUCGGUCAGAGGACAUGUCGGGUCGUACACGUGUGGUACGUACCGAUCGCGCAUAAAGAAAUUUGCCGCUCGAACGAGCCGUUUAUCUCGGAAACAUUGCGUAAGAGGAAAAAUUGCAAAAUGAUACACACAGUUUUGUGCGAUGCGGAUUUUUCUACGCGUCUUUCGCUCGAGAGGCGCGGAAAAUGCGAUUUUGAUCCUAUCCAAGAUAGAGAACUCUUAGAAAUAUAAAAAUCAGGGAUUUUUUUAAAAUGUGAAUAAUAAAUAAACAUGUAUGUAUUUUAAAGAGCGCAAGAUAUAUUUUAAUCGAAAACGUCUUUUUAUACGCGUUAAAGAAGAUUGGCUUAUCGUAUCUCCGGAAGUUUGAAGGCGCGGAUUAGAAGCGCAUAAAUUAGUUUUUUGGAACGCCGAUAUCGCUUGAAAGGAGCUUGAGCCUUCGUUCGGGUAACUCGAGAGCGAGCUGAGCGGUUUGCAAAAGAGUGCUUUUUCGAUCGAUUCGCGAGCCGAUUUGCAUACAUAGCGGCAUUGUUGUGUGUACAAGUACUCUGUUAACGUAGGUAUAUUACUCAAUCUCACUCGGCGCGCGUAUCUCAUUAUAGAAAGCACGCCGUCAAGUAACAGGUUUCUCUGCAUAACGAUAAUUAUAAAAGCAAACACACAUGCCAGGGACCAAACGAUGUGACGUUAACUCACCGUUACGUAACUUCUGAAGAACGGGUUGGCCUCUCUCUCGCGAUGAGAAAUUUUCGCGUGCGGGCGCGCGCGCGCAUGUCUAUUAAAACGAGCCACUGUGGAAUUUCUCAAAGAUAGUAGAGUGUACGUAUCUAUGUAGCGAAACGCAACAUACCAUUGCCUCACUAUGGAAGACGCUUCCGACUUUGAGGGAAAUUUCCACAUUUUGCUCUCCUCUUACGCGAGAUUCACUGAUUAUAUUAUACGCAACUAAAACACUCUCUCGACGAGUUAUUAUUUGCGAGCUGCAGAGACGUGAGGUCACUUCUCCGCUGGCUGUAAUAUAAUUAUACAAGUGUGGUUUGUCUCUAAAUCAAUUGCAGUUUUUGUAUUAGUUGUAAGUUUGAAGGUGCGAUAAUAUUUUGCUCCGAAUUGAAAAUUUGUCACGUUCUACACAUACAUAUAUAUGUACAUAUUAGAUACUUUUAUCCAGAGAGAUUCCUUUCUGUAAAUAUUGUAUCUCUCUGCAUAUAAAUUCUAUUUGUAUAUACAAGUGAGAAGUGUGUGUGUGUGU